UGUAUUUGUGUGCCUGUGUUUGUAUUCGCAUCAUGGUGUAAAUCUGUACCUAUGGCUUCACUCUACACAUAUAUUUAUAUGGCUUCUGCUGUUACUAAUAACAAACACGAGGUUUUCUAUCGUUGACAGUAUAUAAGAGCUCGGCAAGUAUUAUCGGUCGUCAUUGCCGCUAUAGUUCUAUAUCCAUAGCACUUGUUCCUACUUUCACAUAUCACAAUAGUACUUCGAGUAUAUUUUUUAAAUACAAACAUGUCGUCCGGAGCCUUGAAGACCAUACUCGUAGAGGUGGUCAGCGACAUAGUAUGUCCAUACUGUUGGAUAGGCAAACGCCACUUAGAGGCCGCCAUCAACGAGACUAAAGACAAAUUCAAUGUGCACGUGCGAUGGUAUCCCUUUCAACUGCGGUCAGAGACGCCUAUAGAAGGCACACUGAAGAGCCCAGAUACACCCACCAAUCCACGGGUAGGCCAAAACAUGCGCAUGAUGGGCCAGAAAGUGGGCAUUGACUUCACCGGGAAGACCGACAGGACACCCAACACCAUCCACGCACACAAUCUGAUGCACCUGGCCUUUGGAAAAGGGGGCAGUGUGCUCCAAAACAAGGUGCAAGAGAAGUUAUUCCAGGCAUACUUCACCGAUGGAGUGUUCCUCGACGCACAGACAGUCAUAGACAUAGGCGUAGCAGCAGGCAUGGACAGAGACGGCACGCAACGAUACGUGACAGACCCAGCUAUGUGUGCCAAGACCAAAUCAGACGCACACACCAACGCAAUGAGGGGUGUGCAUGGCGUGCCCACGUUCAUGGUUAAUGGCGAGGUGGUGUUCUCUGGGGCGCAGGGGGCACAGAGUUUCAUCAGAGUGUUUGAGUCAGCCCCGCCUGUGAAGGAGGACCAAUGGGCGUGGGAGCAGCAGUAGAGGUAGUACGUUCUGUAGGUACGGUUGCUAGGUGGAUGUAGUAUGUUAUACAGAUACGGUUGCUAUGGAGAUGUGGCAUGUACUGAUGGCAGUGUUGCUCUGGCCGUGUUUGUACAAAUACAUGAGUGUGUGUAGUCUGGCAUGAGUCGUUCGACGUCGAGCUGGGCAGCAGCACUCACACCUGAACAUAAAACCAGGGCUUACGUCUGAAAUGUUUCAGUUCAGUAUAUUGGGCGACGCGACAAGUUAAUAGGAAGCAGAACAUGGGCAGCAGUCUAAAACCGUUGUAAUGGGGAAGGGGGCUUUCUGGACAUGUAUACACAUUCAGAUAUCGCACCUAUAAGUAAUAAAGUAAUUCAGCAAAUGACAUGACAUGAUGAGAGAAUGAAUACGGGGUUAUAUGCAUACAUGAGGUAUGUUCGCAUGCACGAUUGGUUGAGCAGGUAAGAAAACAUUACGCACACACGCGCAUCGAGCUGAACUCAGGACCACUGUUCGGUACAAUGUGUGCAUAUGCAAUACGAGACUACUGUACGAUUAAAGACAUGU